AUGCCUUCCGCUACCAGAGAAGACUUGCCAACCAUCGACGUCGCUAUCAUAGGUGGUGGGAUCGGUGGCCUCUCAGCUGCUAUUGCUCUUUCUGCUCUUCCAAAUCUGAGUGUGCGUCUGUUCGAGAGACAUUCGGAAUUGACAGAGUAUGGUGCUGGAAUCAGCGUUGCUGAAAAUUCUUGGAAGGUUUUGGAGUUACUCGGUGCUGCAGAUAGCCUCACCGGUGCUCCCACAGUGCCAGGCGCAAAGAGAAAUGGCUACACUGGUGAAAUAGUUUUACCCGAGCCAGGAAUCCCAAGAAAACGAGGGCCGACGAGAGUCCGCCGAACGAGAUUGCAGUCAGUCUUAGGAGCUCAGGUCCCAGAAGGUGUUAUCAAGUUCAACAAAAAGCUUGAUGGCACCGAUACGACAGCAGAUCUCGUCGUUGGUGCAGAUGGAAUUCGUUCGGUAGCGAGGCAAUCACUGUUCCCAGAUCACACACUUAGCUACACAGGAAACACAUCUUUCCGAACUCUUUGCUCAGCUGCAUCGCUUCGUCAUAUCCCUGACUUUUCCUUACAAACAUCAUGGUGGUUUGGCGUGGGCGGUCAUAUUUACAUGUCUCCAGUAGAUGACCCUUCACACCCGGAUGCAAAGUUCGAGUUCUCUUGCAGAUCAGGCCUCGAGGCUGAAGUCGACGGAAAGACUGUUAGCUGGGGAAUACCAGCAAGUAAUGAAAAGGUGCUUUCACGCUACAAGGACUAUGACCCGAGAGUGGUUGAAGCCUUGUCACAGGUGCGUGAAGGUGACUGGAAGGAAUUUGCGUUGUUCUCUGGUCCAUGUAUAGAGAAUAUCACUGGCUGGGAUAAGGUAGUACUCAUUGGAGAUGCUAGUCAUCCUCUUGCAGGGGCAUUUGGUUCAGGGGCCGCAUUCGCGAUGCAAGACGGCUGGAUUAUAGCUCGAGCCGUCGAGCAUGCCCGUUCGUCGUCUGCUCCUGUCGCAGAAGCGCUUCGUGUGUUUGACUCUAUUCGAUCUCCAUAUUACCAGAAGAUGUAUGCUUUUCGAGAAUCACAGAAGCCUCUCUUACAGAAGGUACGACAAGAUAAGAUCGAGAACUUCGACGACACUUUACGGGCCAGGAUGAGUCAAACUGGCCUUGCAGGGAAGAGACCAGAGGGGUGGAUGGAUUGGAUUUACAAAAACGAUAUCGAGCAGGUCUGGGAAGACUAUGUCAAGUCUGAGAAGGAGAAGGAGGAGCUCAAUUGA